UUCCAUCCAGCAUAAGAACAACCUCUCACAUCAAUACUCACACUCAAACACACAAGUACACAGCACUUUGCCACAAUUACUUUCCAAUUUUUCUACAAUUUAGAAAAACAACAAAAUUUUCUUUUUCCAUGUCCUUCCUUCCACCUGAACCCAUGUUCUUCGGCUAUGAAGAUCACUUCCAAGGUGGUGAUCCACUGAUGAGAAGAUCGAUGUCAUAUUCCGGGAGAGAAGUUUUUGAAGAAACGACAGGUGGCUGCGAGGGUGAGACGUCCGAGGAUGAGGGGUCUCAGCUCGGUGAAAAGAAAAGGAGGCUGAAUCUCGAACAGGUCAAGGCUCUGGAAAAAAGCUUUGAGCUUGGAAACAAGCUUGAACCCGACAGAAAAAGGCAACUGGCUCGAGCCUUAGGGUUGCAGCCAAGACAAGUGGCUAUAUGGUUUCAAAACAGAAGGGCUCGAUGGAAGACCAAACAAUUAGAAAGAGAUUAUAAUGUGUUGAAGAAACAAGUCGACUCCAUUAGAGCUGAUAAUGACUCUCUCAAGAACAAAAAUCAGAAGCUUCAUGCACAGUUAAUGGCUAUAAAGGGUCAAGAACCAAAUGGGUUGAAUUUAAACAGAGAAACAGAAGGGUCGUGGAGCAAUGGAAGUGAAUCAGAAGACAACACCACCCUAUUUUACACACAGAUCUCAAACAAUCUUCCCACUGGUGCAGCGAUGAUAGGAGGUCUAGGGAGGCCGUACCUCCUCCGCCAGCCACUGAAUCAGACGGUGGUUGCCGGAGAUGAAGGGUUCUGCAACAUGCUUAAUGUUAUGGAGGAGCAACCAGCUUUUUGGCCGUGGCCGGAGGCUGAGGCACCCCAUCCUCAACUAUAAAUAUUUUGUUUUAACUUUAGUUUGAAAUAUUCGUCCAUUCUGUAAUUUAAUUAAUUGUUGUAUAUUUGUGCAAUAUUUAUUUAUAAGAUUAAUUCUGGGUUAAUCGUUGUACCAUCUCC